AAUUAGAACUGUUUUUAAAAAAACAUUUUACUCUGGACUAUAUUUGUAAUAUUAACCCUGGAAGCAAAUUAAAUUUUGCAGCUGAGGGAUCAGAGGCUUAGUUCAAGCUGCCAAGUUCAUCUAAGAUCAAGCAGAGAGCAAGUGGAGGAGGCAGGCUUGAAUCUUCCUCUGACUUAAAAUUUGAUUCACUAAGCUAUACCAAGGAAGGCACUUCUCAGGGGUAAGACAGGGAGACAUGGCUGAGAAGAAAAGCAAGAGAGACUCUAUUGGAAUGGAUGUGAAGGGAUGCCGAACAAACAAUGGGUUUGUCCAAAAUGAAGACAUCCUAGAAAAGGACCCAGAUCCAGGCAGCCCAAUGGACAGCCCGCAGCACUGCUCCGUGGGCAUCCUUGGCCCCGGGGAGCUCGACUUCAAGGACAUCCAGCCCUACGCAGGGAUGCCCAAGGAGGUGCUGUUCCACUUCUCAGGCCGGGCCCGGUACCGGGUGCCCCGCGAGGUCCUCUUCUGGCUCACCGUGGCUGCUGUGCUGGUGCUCACGGCCGGCACCAUAGCCAUGAUCGCCGUCUCUCCCAAGUGCCUCGACUGGUGGCAGGCAGGACCCAUGUACCAGAUCUAUCCCAGAUCGUUCAAGGACAGCAACCAGGAUGGGAACGGAGAUCUUAAAGGUAUUCAAGAUAAACUGGACUAUAUCACAACUUUAAAUAUAAAAACUGUUUGGAUUACUUCAUUUUAUAAAUCAUCCCUUAAAGAUUUCCGACACGCUAUUGUAGAUUUCCGAGAAAUCGAUCCCAUUUUUGGAACAAUGAAAGAUUUUGAGAAUCUGGUUGCAGCCAUACAUGAUAGAGGUUUAAAAUUAAUCAUCGAUUUCAUACCAAACCACACCAGUGAUAAACAUGCUUGGUUUCAAUGGAGUCGUACCCGGACAGGGAAAUAUGCUGAUUAUUAUAUCUGGCAUAACUGUUCCCAUGAAAAUGGCAUAACCACACCACCCAACAAUUGGCUAAGUGUAUAUGGAAAUUCCAGUUGGCACUUUGACGAUGUACGAAACCAAUGUUAUUUUCACCAGUUUACAAAAGAGCAACCUGAUUUAAAUUUCCGCAAUCCUGAUGUUCAAGAAGAAAUAAAAGAAAUUAUUCAGUUCUGGCUCUCGAAGGGUGUCGAUGGCUUCAGUUUCGAGGCUGUUAAGUUUCUUCUAGAAGCAAAACAUCUGAGAGAUGAGAUCCAAGUGAAUAAGACCCAGACCCCGGACACAGUCACACACUACGCAGAGCUGUACCAUGACUUCACCACCACGCAGGUGGGAAUGCACGACAUUGUCCGGAGCCUCCGGCAGACAAUGGACCAACACAGCAGGGAGCCUGGGAGAUACAGGUUCAUGGGCACCGAAGCCUAUGGGGACAGCAUUGACAGGACUAUGAUGUACUACGGGCUGCCUUUUAUCCAAGAAGCAGAUUUUCCCUUCAACGAUUACCUCACAAGGCUAGACAGUCCUUUUGGGAACAGUGUGUUUGAGGUUAUCACAUCCUGGAUGAAACAUCUACCAGAAGGAAAAUGGCCUAAUUGGAUGAUCGGUGGACCGGACAACGCCCGGCUGACUUCUCGUCUGGGGAAAGAAUAUGUUAACAUCAUGAACAUGCUUGUGUUCACACUUCCUGGAACUCCCAUUACUUAUUAUGGGGAAGAAAUAGGAAUGGGAGAUAUUUUAGCUACAAACCUCAACGAAAGCUAUAAUGUCGAUACCCUUCUCUCAAAGUCACCAAUGCAGUGGGACAAUAGCUCAAAUGCCGGUUUUUCCGAAGGCAAUCACACCUGGUUACCUACCAAUACAGAUUACUACACUGUAAAUGUUGCUGUCCAAAGGGCUCAGCCCAGAUCAGCAUUAACGUUAUAUCAAGAAUUAAGUUUGCUGCAUGCCAACGAGCUGCUCCUCAGCAGGGGCUGGUUUUGCUAUUUGAGGACAGACAGCCACCAUGUCGUGUACACAAGAGAAAUGAACGGCAUAGACAGAGUCUUCCUCGUGGUUCUGAAUUUUGGAGAAUCAUCACUGCUAAAUCUAAAGGAAACUAUUUCAUAUAUUCCCACAAAAGUGAGGAUAAAGUUAAGUACCAAUUCCACCAAGAAAGGAAGUGAAGUUGAUACGCAAGCCAUUGCACUGGACAAGGGAGAAGGACUCAUCUUUGAAUACAACACAAAGACUCUCCUGCAUCAGCAAGCAGAUACCAGAGACAGAUGUUUUGUUUCCAGUCGGGCGUGCUACUCCAGUGUGUUAAACAUCCUGCACAGCCUUUGUUAG